AUGGACGGUGUCGCCUUCGCCUCCCCGGCCUUCGUCGCCGCAGCGCAGCCUCCGGCGCUGCCCCAGGCGGCCCUGCGCGGCGCCGUCCUGCUAGAGACCCCCGGUGCCGCUGCGCCUUCCGCUCCGGCCUCCUCCGCGGCUUCGACGGUCUCUGGCCUUGCGGCGGUGGCAGUUGGCACUGCCGCCAUGGCGCGCGCUGGCGCCCGCAGGGCGAAGAAGGGCAAGCGCGUGGUGUCAAUGAAGGAGGGCGAGAACUGGUGCCGCGGUCUGGACGACCUCAAGGAGCGCACCGUCGACUACUACAAGGCGGGCGCGCGCUUCGCGAAGUGGCGCACCACAGUGCGCGUGCGCGACCACUCCUCGAUCGCGGUUGCGGAGGCCGCCCAUGGCCUUGCGCGUUACGCCAGCAUCUGCCAGUCCUCAGGCCUGGUGCCCAUCAUCGAGCCCGAGAUCCUGCUCGACGGCGAGCACGACAUCGACGAGUGCCUGGAGGCGUUCGAGGAGACCUGGGCGGCGGUCUUCAAGGCCUGCGCCGACUUCGGCGUGUGCCUGGAGGCGGUGUACCUGAAGCCGUCCAUGGUGACUCCUGGCGCGCAGUCUGGCAAGACGGCGGACCCGAAGACCGUGGCAGAGUACACCCUCGGCGCGCUGAAGCGUGUGGUGCCGCCGGCUGUGCCGGGCAUCUUCUUCCUCUCGGGCGGCCAGUCCGAGAUCCAGGCUACGGAGAAUCUCAAUGCGAUGAACCAGAGCCCGAACCCGUGGCACGUCUCUUUCUCGUACGCCCGCGCGCUCCAGAACACCACGCUGAAGACCUGGGCCGGUAAGGACGAGAACAUCGUGGCCGCGCAGUCCAAGCUGUUCCAGCGCGCGGGGGCCAACUCCAAGGCCCAGAAGGGCGAGUACGACGCCGCCACGGCCGACGAGGACGCCACCGCUGCGGAGGGCAUGUACGUCAAGGGCUACACCUACUGA